AAAGAUGGAGCUCACUUUUUAGUGGUUAAAAAAAACACAGGAAGCGGUUUGACCAACAGCAGCAGUCAAAAUGGGAAAGAUCAUCUUCUACGAGGACAGGAACUUUGGAGGCCGUCACUAUGAGUGCAUGAGUGACUGCGCCGACCUGCACUCCAUGUUUGACCGCUGCCGCUCCAUCAGGGUGGAGAGCGGCAUGUUCGUGAUCUACGACCGUCCCAGCUACACGGGAAACCAGUACUUCAUGAAGAGGGGAGAUUACUCCGACUACCUGGGCAUGAGCGGCAUGAAUGACUGUGUCAGGUCCUGUCGUAUGAUCCCCAUGCACAGUGGCAACUUCAAGUUGAGGCUGUACGAGCAUUUCGACAUGAGAGGUGAGAUGAUGGAGCUGACGAACGACUGCCCCAACCUCAUGGACCGUUUCCGUAUGUCCAACUUCAACUCCUGCAACGUGAUGGAGGGCCACUGGCUGCUGUACGAGCACCCCCACUACAGGGGACGUCACUACUACCUGAGGCCCGGCCAGUACAGGAGCUUCAGCGAGUGGAGCGGCAACAGCUCCAGGAUCAGCUCCAUCAGGCGCCUCAUGAAUCUCUAAAGA